AUGUCUCCCAGGACCAGCACAGACCCCGAGCGGGGUUCUCUUUCUCAGUCUAGACACUCCAUGGUCCACGGAAUGUCACAUAUGGCCUCAAGAACACUCCAGGAUGAUGAAUUAUCGAGCCAGGACAACUCGUCCUUGUGCUCUAGUAUUGCCACAAACCACGGAAAUCCCCAGGACAUGAAAGAAUGGAAUAUGAACACUACAGAAUCCCUCGAUCAGGCCAUCUCUUCCAAGGAAUCUCCCCAGGUGCAAAUGCUUUCUUUCUCGCUGUCUCAUCAGCUCAUGACCCCCACGGUCGGACCAAAUGAUGUGAUGUACACAGGCGUGGACUUCCCAGCAGUCUCAGACCUGCAUGACCAUGAUGGAUUUUACUCCUUUGUGGACCUAUCUUCCAUGGAUAAUGAUGUUUGUGGUGCACAGUCAAGCACACCGGAUGAUGCUCUUUCUGUUGCUCACAGCUCCCACACGGAUGAUGCCCACUUCAUGAGCCACGAGUCAUGGAAUGCUAUGAUGCUAGAUGGCCACUACCCCGGAACAACCCUGGACCAACUCUCAUCAAGUCUUUUCCAGACUGUGCCAGUCUCUCCGCCUCUGACGGAAGCCAGCAAUGACAUUCCCAUCACAUCCUCAUGCUCCCACCCGGGAUUUCCUUCAUUCUUGGCCCAUGAUGAUACACUCCUCGGAGAUUACACUGCAUCGCCUAAUGGCAACCAUGGACUUAAUCCAACGGAGCCGUUGUUCCCUAACACCACUCUUAACGAGAAGGACCCUGAAAGAACCAUCAGACCCACCAAACAAUCUCGACGAUCAGCUUUGCCUGGCGUUACGCAGCCCAACAUUAAGGCCGAAUCUGAUUUCUUUCCACCACUACCUAUGAGAGAGCCAGCCCGCCAGAGAUCCAAGGAUGGAGCCGAAGCUCGCAACCCGCGAGAGCACCACUAUUAUUCCCUUCCCACCCACAAUGAUGGAAAGUACUACUGUCCAUUCGCCAAUGGAGACAAGCCCUGCAACCACCCACCCACCACGCAAAAAUGCGCUUACCAGCAAUAUCUGGAUUCCCACCUGAAGCCCUACCGGUGCAAGGUCCCAGUCUGCAUGGAUGGUCAACUGCGUUUCUCUUCAAAUGCCUGCCUGUUCCGCCACGAGCGCGAGGCCCACGGAUUACAUGGCCAUGGAGAUAACCCUCACCUCUGCCUGUGGGAGGGUUGUGAGCGCUCCGUUCCCGGAUAUGGAUUCCCCCGUAGAUGGAACCUGUACGACCACAUGCGUCGUGUUCACGACUACGUUUCCUCCGAGCGCCACAGCUCACCUGAGACUUCCCCGGUUGCUGCUCCAGUUAAGAAGAAGGACUCCCCUACUUCCACUACCGGCCGCAAGAGAAGAAGCGUCACGGGUCCCACCCCGGCCCCGACCAUGAAGCGCACCCGCUCUAUUCACUCCCACACCGGUCCCGUCAAGGCUACCCACAAUUCCGCCCAGCAUGGACAGCGCCUGCGCACAGCCGAGCACAACUACUACACCUGCCGCUCCCGUCUGGUUGAGGAACUCACCAAGAUCAACCCCCAGGAUAUCUCCAUGCACGAGAAGGUCAACGCCAGCCUCCAAGAGCUGUUCACUCUCGGUCUGAACUUCCGUCAGAUUGAGGCCAGCCAGGUCAGCCACAUGCCAAAUGGAAUGCCCGCUUGA